ACAAACCAAAAACGAUUUUAAACAAUGAUGCUGCAUAAAACAAGUUUAAAGUUGUGCCGUCUUUGUGGGAAAGGAAAGCAGCAGGGUACAGAUCUAUUGGCAGAUAAAAUUAAAGGAACCGUAUUGACGUCUAUUAUAAACAAAUAUUUCUCUAAAGAGGUGAUAAAUAUUUCAAAUUCCGAUACAUUUUCGAAAUACGUUUGUAUUGAUUGUGAACAAAAGCUUUGCACAUUCGAUGAGUUUUAUAUAAUGGUAGCAAAUGUACAAAAACAACUUACUGCCCCAACUUUGGAAAUUGAUUUUGCAGAGAGUAUGUUAUGUCAGUUGAAAGAAAAUGAUACAGUACCAAAAUCUACCUUAGGCAGACAAGGUACAGGGAAGAGUAUGUGUCCAAUAUGUGCCAAAAGCUUUAGGUGUCAGGCACAUUUAAACAGACAUAAACGAAUUCACACUGGACAACGACCAUUUGUUUGUAAUAUCUGUAGAAUGUCGUUUAAUCAACAAGAAAUAUUAAUGAAACACUUAGAAAGGCACGAAGGAAAAAAACAAUUUCAAUGCGCGAAUUGUCAUCAAUCGUUUCGAUAUAAAGUAUCGUUAAAAUCUCAUAUGAUAAACUUUCACAUGGAUGCGGAGAAAUCUACAAACAAUCACAAUUUACAAAUAGAAGCAAACUCCUUUACUUGUACAGAUUGUGGUAAACAAUUUGUAACAAAAUACAAAUUACAAAGGCAUUCGAGGUGCCAUACUGGAGAGAGACCUUAUCAUUGUAAUUUUUGCAUGAAAACGUUCUCGCAAACCAGUAAUCUAAAAGUGCACCAGAUGAAGUACCACCAACUGCCUGGUUCUUUAACUGAACUAAGAGGACAAAUUCAAUAUAGCGAUCAGUUAGUUAACUGUGAUGUACCGGCAACAUUAAAUAAUUACAAUACAGUUAACAUGUCAGAGACUGAGUUACAAAAUACAAUAAAUGAAACCAUAAAUUCCACACAGCAGAGCAGUUCAUAUGUGUCAAAAAUUUAUGAGAAUCCUUUGUACAUUGACGAUGAAAUUGAAACAAUUCUAGAUCGCGAUCUCGACCAACUGGGACAAAGCAAAUACUCUACAAACUUGCAGGAAAAAGUGUCUCUUUGCUUGAAACAACCGGAGACACCAGAAUUACUACAUAGCUUACUGUAUGAUGAUGGAUAG